CACCGCCCCGCCUUGGGCCCGCCCACCACCGGAGCUGGUUUGCGCAGGCGGAGCCUCAGGUUCACUUCCGGGUUGGAGGCGGUGGCGGGGCCGCAAUUCGGGGUUCGCUUCCGGCGGGGACCGGCACCGGGACCGGCACCGGGCGCGCAGGUGACGACGCUCUGACGUGGCCGAUGUUGCCCCGGUUGCUGUAGGACCCAAGUCUCUUGGGCCGAGGAUGCACAAACCCACAGAUCUGCAGCAGGACCUGGAUCGAAGCCUCCCGGCCAUCGCCUCCAUCAGCACCUCCCUGUCCCACAGCCAGGGCUUCUCCCCGUACUGCUACUUCUCUCCCGAGAAGAGAAAAGCCAUCUCGGACGUGAGGAGAACCUUCUGCCUCUUCGUCACCUUCGACCUGCUCUUCAUCUCUUUGUUGUGGAUCAUCGAAUUGAACACCAAGGACGGCAUUCAGAAGAACCUGAGGAAUGAAAUCAUCGAGUACCGCUUUCGGACCUCUUUCUUUGACAUAUUUGUCUUGGCUUUCUUUCGGUUUUUUGUGCUGCUGCUGGCCUAUGCCGUCGUCAGGCUGCGCCACUGGUGGGUCAUCGCGGUCACUACAUUGGUAUCCAGUGCCUUCCUGAUCGUGAAGGUCAUCCUCUCCGAGCUUCUGACCAAAGGGGCUUUCGGUUAUUUACUCCCUAUCGUCUCCUUUGUCAUCGCUUGGCUGGAGACUUGGUUCCUGGAUUUUAAAGUCCUCACUCAGGAAGCAGAAGAGGAACGCUGGUACCUGGCGGCCCAGGCCGCGGCCUCUCGCGGGCCCCUGCUCUACCCCGGCGCCCUUUCCGAGGGGCAGUUCUACUCCCCACCGGAAUCCUUCGCAGGCUCGGACAAUGAGUCGGAUGAGGAAGGCGCGGGGAGGAAGGCGCUGACAGCUCAGGAGAAGGAAUAUAUCCGACAAGGCAAAGACGCGAUGGAGGUUGUGGACCAAAUCCUCGCCCAGGAGGAGAACUGGAAGUUCGAGAAAAACAAUGACUUUGGUGAUGUUGUUUACACUUUCGAAAUACCUUUCCACGGCAAGACCUUUAUUUUAAAGGCUUUCCUGCAGUGCUCUGCUGAAACAGUUUACCAGGAGGUUAUUCUCCAGCCCGAGAAGAUGAUCCUGUGGAACAGAACGGUGGCAGCUUGCCAGAUCUUGCAGCGGGUUGAAGACAACACGAUCAUCUCGUACGAUGUGGCAGCUGGGGCUGCAGGCGGAGUUGUGUCCCCGAGGGACUUUGUGAACGUGCGACGGAUUGAGAGAAGAAGAGACAGAUACGUUUCCUCAGGGAUGUCGACCACGCACAGCCUGAAGCCUCCGCUCUCCAAGUAUGUCAGGGGUGAGAACGGACCCGGAGGAUUCAUCGUGCUGAAAUGUCCCAGCAACCCCAGGGUCUGCACCUUCAUCUGGAUCCUCAACACGGAUCUGAAGGGCCGCCUGCCCCGGUACCUGAUCCACCAGAGCUUGGCCGCCACCAUGUUCGAGUUCGCCUUCCACCUGCGCCAGCGCGUCGCCGAGCUCUCCGGCAAGGCCUGAGCAGCGGGACCUGCCCCGCCGGACGUUCCUCCGCGGCUGGGGACAGACAGGAGGGGACCCGUGGCCCCCAGGUCCUCGCUGUGACCCCCAGGAGCUGGUGCCCUGUACUAACAGCUGAGCUGAGGCCAGGGGGGGGCUCAGCUCCUUCCCCCACCGCCAUUCCCCCCUAACUGGGUCCUGCACCCAUGGACUGUUGCGUGCCAAACCUCUGCCCCCUCCUUGGGGUCUGACCCCCUCUGUCCCUCACACAGGACUGGGGGCUCAUCUGUGACCCCCCCAACUGCUGUAUUUGUGCCCCACAAGAGGGGCUUGAGGAAAAGGCCACAGUGGGGUGAGGACACAGCUCCGUCCCCUCCCCCUCUCCGCAUGAAGCCCCCCCAGGGCUGUGACCCCCCCUGCGGGAGAGAAUGGGGGCUCUGACACAGGGACCCCCCCCCACCCCAGACUAUCCCCUGGUGCUUUGGGCUGCCCCCCCCAGGGCUGGGCUGAGCUCAUCCCCCCCUACCUGCAGCUCCGGGGGGGGGGCAGAGCAUGAUUUGCCUUAAAGCAGAGACUUUUAUCCCUUUUGGGGGGGUGUGGGGGGGAUGCGGGGGCGACUGCAGCUUCUUUCUACCUGCGAGCGCCGGUGCCGUGUUCUGCGCUAUAAAUGGGAACAGCGCGGGGGCACACGCGGCAGCGCUGCGGGGUGGGGGGAGCACCCACGCUGGCCCCCCCCGCCUCUCUGCCCCCCAUUUCGGGGGGGUCCACCCACGGGGGGGGUGUCGGAAUAAAAAGCCGUGCACUGUUUGCAGCC